AUGGAUCUGGAUACGACCCCAGGAAUACCGCCGCCAGAUGGCCAGGAAUCACAUUUCCAUGAACCCUAUAACUCGUUGCAAAUAGGGACUGUCAUCGCCUUUGGCAUCACCUAUCUCAUUGCCACGGUUUUCCUCGCUCUUCGCUAUUUCCAGGCUUUCAAGCUGACCAAGAAGAUCGAGAUAGACUUGAUCACUAUCACGAUUUCUUAUGGUGUUGCACUGGUAUAUUUUGUGACUGUGGUUAACUGCAAGUCUCCCGUGACUAUCUUUCGGGUUAAGGGUCUACUCAUCAACACCUUGACUUAUUUGAUAUGUCCAUGCAUCACCAAGAUGGCCAUUCUAUCUGUCUUAUUUCAAAUCAAUCCUGCGAAGAUAUAUCGUUGCCUCGUCGUGGCUGUCGCACUGGCGAUCUUUGCGUACACUCUGACCUUAUGCAUCAUCACCGGAGGACCAUGUAACCCUCUCCAUGCAGGAACCACAGCCUGUCUAGAAAAUGUCGCCUUAUCCCAGGCAGUUCUGAACAUUGCCUCUGAUUUGGCAGUGAUUGCCAUCCCGAUCCCAACGAUACACCGUCUCCAUUUUUCAGAGAAACAAAAGGUCACGGUCGGCUGUCUGCUGACUUUGGGAUCUAGUGUCGUCAUUUGCUCCAUAGCACGCCUACCAUACGUCUUACUCCUCGGCAAAACCGCUGACACAACUUAUACCGAAGCCAUCCUAGGAGUGUGGUCCCUUGUCGAGGUCAACCUCGGUAUCAUAUGCGCCUGUGCAAUGCGGUUCAAGCGCCUAAUAUCGAUAUAUCUACCGCGGCUUUCGCUAUCCCCAUCGCACACGCCCCGUACUGCGAAACUCACAGAGGACACACCUAUGAAUAGGUUCCAGCCCAAAAAUACUGGAGGGCAACACUCAUACCGGCUACACAGCAUCCAUGAUGGAAAUCCCAAUCCGUUAGCUGGCACGAAAGAUAUCUCCGUCCACCGAUCGUUUAAGGUGGAUGAAGAACGUACAUAUUUGUACCGCAGAGACAAUGAUAGCACUGACAAAAUUUUAGCUUGA